AUGGCUUCUUCAGACUCAAAGGGACUCUUCUUCUUCGCCAACUCUGUUCCUCUUCAAAUUCGAGCUCCUCUUACCCUCGAAGACGAUGAUUCUGAAGCCGGCGUUUCAAGUAAUGGCACACUUUCUCAAUCUGAUUACACCUCCCAAGGAGAACAAGAACAGGAAGAGCAAGAAGAAGAGUUUGUUGAAGUUGAUGAGUGUGUGGAGCUAUCUCCCAUGCACGCCGCACCUUUGCAUGUUACUCCCUUUGCUCAUUUGUCUACUUUUAAUGACGAAGAAGAGGAGGAAGAGGAGGAAGAAGAAGCAAUAAGAGGGGACAUGUUGAGUCUUGCGAGAGUGUCGGGGAACAAUUUUGGUGCGCCCAGAAUUGAGCUUCUGGACUCCGAAGAAGAAAAUUACGAGCCUUCUGUUUUUGUAAACUCGUUACCGGUUAGUCAAUCAUUGCUAGCGAGUGAUUUUGAAUCUUUCACUGGUAGUGACGGCGAGGAACUGUAUUUGGAUGAUGAGCAAGGUCAGGACCAAGUUCUUGGAAUUAGGGUUGCUUGUGAUGAAUACUCGACUUCUAGUGCAACGCAUUCAGAUGUUAUGUCGCAGCAUUCACAAGACGAGCAAUUUGGCUUGGCAAGAGUGGUGUUCGACGAAUUGGGUGGGAGUGAUAAGUUGAUUGAGGCUGACGGUGUUGAGGACUGUCAAGAUUAUAGCAACAGCUUAAUGCAGGAAUGGGAUAUGAGUUUCAAUGAUCUACCAGAACAUAAUUCCCAAGUACAUUGCAUGGCGGGUGAACCUGUGUCUGAAGCUUUUGCGGAAAAUGUUGAGUACAGUACACCAACUCAAACCACGGAAGCUAAUGCAGAUGGAGGUGUUGCUGCUGAUCAAGUGAGUGACUGUGAGAAUCUGGUAAGUAUAACUACAUCUGGGGUAAACUCAAAUGCUGAAUUCCACGAUUCUUCUGCUGGUUUUGAAUCCAAUUAUGGUGCUUUUGAGGGUAACAAAACUCUUACUGUUGAAUCUUCUGAACAUUUUUAUCCUAAACUUCUUCAAGAAUGUUUUCUGGAAAAGGAUUUGUCUAAAUCCAUUUUAGGGGUUAAUCAAGAAGAUGAGCUGUUUUGUGAUUACCGUUCACAUCAAAAUGCGGAAAAACCUGAUGAAGAGGCCACAGUUGAAUUAAACCCCGCAUGUCAAGAAUCAGAAAGUGAAAGUUGUGCUUCAGAUGGACAUGCAGGGUUGAUGUCGGUUGCCCUUGAGCAGUUCAAGGAACAAAUUUCAGCUCUCUCUAUUCUUUUGGGUUCAAAAGGUUCUGGAAAUGAUCCUCAAGAAAUACGAGUCAUCAGGAGUUCACAUGAAACGGUGAACUUACCCAAGGAUGAUGCAAAAGUCCGAUUUAUCUAUGCUGAUGGUGAUGCUGAAUCAGAUGGCAGCUCAAGUACAGUCACCUCCACUGAUGAAUCGAGUGUGAUCUUUCUGGAAGUUCCAGGUAGUCUCAGCUCCUUACCAUAUAGCAAUGCUCGAACCGGUUUCCAGCAGAGCAUAACUGAGAAAGAAAAGGAAAAAAUUCAGAAGACGCAGGCCAUAAGUGUGAAAUUCUUGAGGCUUGUCCAGCGAGUAAAUUUAUCUCUUGAAGAUUCCUUGGUUUCUAAAGUUUUGUAUAGGUUGGUUGCAGAUAUUGAAAGGCGCUUGAAUCAGGAAUUUGUCAUAAGAUCAGCAAAAACAUUAGCGAAGAAGUUUGAAGAAAAUUGUUCGGAUGAUUUAGACUUCUCUUUGAACAUUCUAGUUCUUGGGGAAAGUGGGGUGGGAAAGAGUGCAACCAUAAAUUCUAUUUUUGGUGAAAUGAAGGUUGUGACAAAUGCAUUUGAACCUGCCACAACAUCUGUACAAGAGGUUUGUGGAACUAUAGAUGGAAUCAAGAUCAGAAUCCUUGACACACCUGCUCUGAAGUCCUCUAUGAAGGAGCAAGCUUACAACAGAAAGAUGUUGUCAUGUAUAGAGAGAUAUAUGAAAAAGUUUCCUCCAGAUGUCAUUCUUUAUGUUGAUCGAGCAGAUUUUCAAACCAGAGAUUUAAACGAUUUACCGAUAAUAAGGUCAAUCACAAGUUCUCUCGGUCCCUCAAUAUGGCAACAUGCAAUUCUUGCUCUGACACAUGCUGCCUCUGUUCCUUUGGAUGGAUCAUCAGGAUCCCCUUUGAGCUAUGAAGUAUUUGUUGCUCAAAAAUCCUAUCUUUUUCAACAGUCAAUUACUCAAGCCGUGCGUAAUCUGUGUCAAUUGAGUCCAAGUUUCAUGUGUCCAGUGGCUCUUGUUGAAAACCAUCCAUUAUGUGGAAAGAAUAUGUCAGGGGACUGUGUGCUUCCCAAUGGACUUAGAUGGAGAAGCCAAUUAUUAGCUUUGUGUUUCUCUCUGAAGAUCCUAUCUGAAGUGUCUUCUGUUUCAAGACCUCAAACGCUCUUCGAUCAUUGGAAGCACUUUUUCUUCCAGGACAAUUCCCAGCCUCUGUGCCAUGAAAUUUCUUCGUUGUUGCAGUCUCCUGCUCAUUUAAAAUUUUCUGCCAAUUGGAAUUGA